UUGUGCUGGAAAGAUAAGACGGAUCAGAUUAAAGUACGAUUUCAUCAAACUUAAACUCCUACGAACACAAAUACGCCGCGUUCGUCGACGAGAACUGAUGUCUCCCUGUUUUCUCUUCGAUGUCAAGAUUUGAAGCGUUAUCACAGUUGUUUGUCUGAGCUGUACAAAACAACAUCAACUGCGUUAAAAUGCGCAAAUAUCAUUACACAAUGUGGCCAUUGUUCGACCGAAGUUCGUAUGUAUUUCUAUUUUGUUUAUUUGUGGGAAUUUUUUCCCUACAAAUCUCUGCUCAAACAUUAGAUGGAGCUAUUCACGAUGUCACAGCUCCCCUAGAGAUUUUGAGGAGUUUCACGAGACCAAAGACCAACUACUCAGGGAUACUUCACAUGAAAUAUACAGUCAAAUAUGAACGGGAUUUCAAACUAGAUUCAAUAAAUGAAGAAUUGUGCUUAUCUUGGGAAGAAGCUUGGCCUAGCACAGGCGAUCGCAUGGAUACUUUCCUCCAUUUUCGUAAGAAGAAGAACUCCACUGACCGUUCCACAAAGUCAACAAAUGUGACAGAAACUUCAAAAAAGCAAAGAAGCAAAAGAAGAAUAUUUCGUAAUGAUAACCGUGUGCCAAUUUCGUUGCGUCGUUAUGGUCACAGAUUUCCAUUUGUAAGUGUAGUGAAAUUAUCCACAGGAUGUACUGGAACCCUUGUAUCGCCGCAACAUGUCCUAACUGCCGCGCAUUGUAUUCACAAUCAGAGCGAUUACGUGACAGGAUACAAAACACUGAAAGUGUGCAUACUACCAAAGUCAAGAUUUAGCAGAAGAAGAUUUCAUUGUAUUAAAGUAAACAGCACUUUUCUGCCCAUGGGCUGGCUCAUAGGAAACGAAAAUAUUGCAUCACGAUUUGACUACGCUCUCCUGAAACUUGAACAGAAGCACACGAAACCGUACUUUGAACUGGACGUCUUUACUACUAAAAGACUAUGGAAAAUACGACCACCCAUUCUUCAUUUUACUGCGUUUGAAGAUGACAAACCACCCAACACACUGUGGUAUAGGCGCUGCCCGUUACAAUAUAUGGAUGAUCAUGUCCUAUACCAUCAUUGUGACGCGCAACCAGGAUCCUCGGGGGCUGGUGUCUAUACAUUUACCAAGUUUCGAAAAGAAUGGAAACGAAGAUUGAUUGGGGUCUUCAGUGGUUACCGUUGGGAAAAGUUUGGAUCAUGGAAAAGAGCACGUGACUUUAAUGCAGCUAUACGUAUGAGUAUUUCUAAGUACCUUCAGAUAUGUCGAUGGAUGGGCAGGUACGCGUCCAAGACUUGCAAACGGUUCAAACGACAAUAUGAUUAGUUUAUCAGAGACGUUUCAACAGACUUUAACAACUCGAAAAAUUUCAUAUAAAAUCACGCCAAAUCAACAUUCAUUAUUACUAUAAAGCACAUUUAAUGAAUACGACAAUUUUUUAAAAUAAAGAUGUUUCAACAUCUCAUGAUGCCAUAUCUCAAGUAUAAUAAAGAAUAUGUAUGUGAUGAAAAUAUAUGAGUAAUAUGAUACAGUGAUACAAUUUAUACACUUAUGAAUAGAUUAUAAAUAAAUGUUACAAUGAAAUAUUGGUUAGAAUUAAUGACGAGUGCAUUUACAGGCUGAAUAUAGUGUUAAAACAAAAACUUUGAAACACGUUUAUGUUGAAACAUAUUUACUUUAUAAAACCUCUCGUAUUCAUUAAAAGCGCAUUAUCAAUACUUCUUUUACGCAGUUAUACGGUAACAUUCUUAUUAUCUUAUUUCGGACUACUAUGAGCUAUAUAUAUAUAUAUAUUAUAUUAUGUUUUGGUGGGAAUAUAUUACUAUGGUUUUACUUUGUUUUUAUUUUGACAAAAUGUUUACUAUUUUUGAAGUAAAUUUUCAUUUGUCAAUA